GGCACAUGCGCUCUCUCUCUCUCUCUCUCCCUCUCCCUCUCCCUCUCUCUCCUCCUUUUUUCCCGAUAAUCCCACUGGGGUAGAACUUUGUGAGAAAGAAAGAACAGCAACACUGUGAAACCACGUACUUAAUUGAUUAGAUUAGGUUACCCGUAACGUCCUUUCCAGAGAGUCUUGUUGAUCGAGAAUUUCAACCAACCCAACAUGUUAUUUUUCGACAGGUUAUCGAAGAAGUUGUUUCCCUGAUUAAAUGCAACUCUGCCGUUCAGUUCCGUCUUGGAUCUGCCGUAUCUUCGCAUGCAUGGGAGGUUGUCUUGGAUGUUGUACUAAGCCCCCACUGAUAAUUGCUGUGGAUGAGCCAUCUAAGGGACUGAGAAUUCGAGGCCAAGCAGUCAAGAAACCAAGCAUUUCAGAGGAUUUUUGGAGCACCAGCACUUGUGAGAUGGACAAUAGUGCGGUUCAGUCCCAAAGAAGUGUCUCAUCAAUGAGCACAUCUAAUCUCCCCCUAGAUCCCUACAGCAAUGUUGGAAGCACUAGUAACCCUACUGAAUUUGUAAAUCACGGUCUUCUUCUUUGGAAUCAAACAAGGCAGCAAUGGACUGGAAAUAAGAAGCCUCUGACCAGCACACAAGUCCGGGAACCCAAAUUAAGUUCAAAUGCAACUUACGAGAGUUUACUGGGGACCAAUAAAGCUUUUCGCCAGCCCAUCCCUCUCCCGGAAAUGGUAGACUUCCUUGUUGAUGUCUGGGAACAAGAGGGAUUGUAUGAUUGAGCUUCAAGGGACCUAAUCGCUUACUAGGAAUUAAGGUGGGGGCCAUCCAUUUGGAUCCAUCAGGAUAAAAGUAGUUCACUCUUCAUUCUUCCAGAUUUAUUAAGAGGUUUGUAACUGAUAAUUAGAUUUGCAUUCUGUUUCCAAUCCCCUUCAAUCAUCAGAGCUGCCCAAACACGGAUGUGGGUGUCAUCCGUAACGCAACACGGUCACUAGAUUAGCCCACCAAUGUGAUUUGAACCGUUAAUUGAUAGCAUUCGGCAAGUGUAUCACAUGGGGAAAAAAUCAGAAUGGCCUGACAUCAAUAGCCACAUAAUCCUGAGAAUGUUUUGUCUUCUCUGUAUAAUGUUGAUAUGAUUCAAACGUACAAGUAUACGGGCGUCCCAUCGAUCUUGUAUGCUUGGCAGUUGGCAAACCCAAGGUGAUGGUUAGGUUGGUAUGGAUGAACCUGAGUUGUGCAUAGAUGGGAAAUAGAUCCCUUCU